AUGACAAUAUUGAAGAUUUUUUUUUCCCUCUCUCCUCCUCUCCCCCUUCCUCACCUCCCUCUCCAGCCGCCCCCUUUUCUCCCUACAUUUUUUCGGCGACCCUCACUUCUUCUCCCUCUCCCUUCGUCUUUCUCCCCUUCCCGUCCUCCUCCUCUUCUCUCCUUCAUCGCCUCUUCUCCUCCCUUCUCUCUCCCCUCACCGGUGACCUCCCUUCCUCCCUCCUCCCGUCUCCCUCGUUAUUUUUUCUUUUCUGGCAGGGACGCAGGCAGCAGCUCCGACAACACCAGCAGCGAGAAGCAGCAGCGACGGAGACUGCUCCGACCGGCGACGCCCCUUUCCUCCGGUUCCUCCCCCCCUCCCUUCUUCCUCUUUAUCUCCUCUUCUCCCGCCUUCCUCUCCUCCUUUCUCUCCCUUUCCCUCUUCUUCCCUUCUUUCUCCCUCCGUUUCCUCCUCUGUCGCCACCCGCUCCCUCUCGCUCCCUUUCUUUUCACCUACUUCUUUUGCAGGCAGCAACUCGAGAACCAGCAAACACCAGCAACAACAGAGAGCAGCUCCGAUGAUCAGCAACUCCAGCGGCUCCGGCCAGCAAACACAAGCAGCAGCACCAAGCGAGGAGAACAACCAGCAGCCAGACGAGGACCACCGGAACCAGCAGCAAGCUCCGGUGGAGCAUCUAUUUGUCAAGGAUUUCGAGUUAUUAAAAAAUGGAUCUUAACAGAUUUGUCCAGGUUUCAAACUUGAAGUUCAAGUUGAAGAUUAGCCAUGAAGAAAG